CAUCUUUGACUCACAAAACUGUCGUACCGUGUCGAGUUGUGGCGCCUGAUAAGCGAGCAGCUCGUCAAAAAGUGGCAACAGAUUACGUGAGGUGAAAAGGUAGAAAAAAAAGUUAUCGAAAAGUGCUGAUUCCAGUGAGUAAACACAGAAGAAAGGAAAAAAGUGCUUGUGAAGGGAAAAAGUUAUCCCGAAGGUGGUGGUGCUUUUCAGCAACAGCAAUCGUCGUGAAGGUGUGUGAGUGAUCCGCCUCACGCGCCUCACCAACACACUUUUGCGGGCCGUCGCCGCGUCUGGAACAGGACGCAGCCGGGGGGAAGAGGAGAAGUGGAGUGAGAGUUGACCAGCGCCGCGGCGCGAAUACGCACCUCACUAACACACACAGCCAUCGGCAGCAGCGAUGGCGGGCGUCUUUGAUUUGGAGCUCCACGAGGAGGAUAAUGUUCACGAUUCCGACGACGACAUCAUCGAGAUUGAGGACGUGGAUCUGGAACCGGAACUGCACAUUAACUCAAACCUAGAGACCGAAGACUCGGAAACGAUACCACUUUCGGAGGACAUCAUAAACCCGGGUCGGAUAAAGCUUGGGCCACAGGAUUUCGAGCUGAAGAAGGUGCUGGGAAAAGGUGGCUACGGUAAAGUCUUCCAGGUGCGAAAAACGACCGGUGCUGAUGCGAACUCGUUCUUCGCCAUGAAGGUGCUGAAGAAGGCGUCGAUAGUUAGAAAUCAAAAAGACACCGCACACACGCGGGCCGAGCGCAACAUUUUGGAAGCCGUUCGGCAUCCGUUUAUCGUGGAACUAGUGUACGCCUUCCAGACCGGCGGCAAGCUGUAUUUAAUCCUAGAGUAUCUGAGCGGUGGCGAACUGUUUAUGCAUUUAGAGCGUGAAGGUAUCUUCCUGGAGGACACUGCUUGCUUUUAUCUCUGCGAAAUCAUUCUCGCACUGGAGCACCUGCACAAUCUCGGCAUCAUUUAUCGCGACCUGAAGCCGGAGAACGUGCUGCUCGAUGCGCAGGGCCACGUGAAGCUGACCGACUUUGGCCUGUGCAAGGAACACAUCCAGGAGGGCAUCGUGACGCACACUUUCUGCGGUACGAUCGAGUACAUGGCUCCCGAAAUUCUGAUGCGCAGCGGACACGGCAAAGCGGUUGACUGGUGGUCACUCGGUGCACUGAUGUACGACAUGCUCACGGGAAUGCCACCAUUCUGUGCGGACAAUCGUAAGAAAACGGUCGACGCCAUCCUGAAGGAUAAGCUCAACAUCCCGGGCUACCUGACGCCCGAUUCGCGCGACCUAAUCCGCCGUCUGAUGAAGCGACAGGUUGGCCAGCGACUAGGCAGUGGUCCGACCGACGGCCAGGCGGUUCGUGCACAUCCGUUCUUCCGGAACGUCAACUGGGAGGACGUGGUGGCGAGACGGUUGGAUCCUCCCAUCAAACCAGUGCUGGCAAGCGAAGAUGAUGUUUCACAGUUUGACACCAAGUUUACGAAAGAAAUACCGGUGGAUUCGCCCGAAGAAUCGACGCUGAGCGAGAGUGCCAACCUGAUCUUCCAGGGUUUCACGUACGUCGCUCCGUCAGUGCUGGAGGAUAUGCAAACCCGUGUGACGACGCCAAGAUCGCCCCGCCGGAUGCCGCGCCAUCAUGGCCAUCAUAUGCACCACCAUCAUCAUCACAACCAUCACCAUCAUCAUAACCAUCAUCUCGGUGGUCCGAUGGCGGGCGGUAGCGGUGGUGCCAGUGGCAGCUCAACAACAACGACGACGGCUGGUGGUGGUGCUGGAACUCACGCGACCAGUGCUAGCCGAAUGAUGGCCGGUGCUGGUGGUGCUUCUGGCGUCAGUGGUCUCGAGAAUGGCAACAUUCUGCCCCAUCAUAUGCUCCACAACAACCUCAACCACAUGCAGCAGCAUCCGCACGGAGCCGGUGGCGGCGGUAGCAUACAACAGCGAGCUGCUGCGGGACAGCAACCACCGUCGGCGGCCAAUGCACCACAACCUCACGCAUCGGGAGCCGGCAGCAGUCGACCGUUUAAUGCGGCGUCGAUCGCCCGAAGAACGCCACCCCACUUGCAGCCGUUCGCUCCGAGACCAUCGCCCCAGGACGAAAUGAUGGACGUCUAUCCGGAAAUGUCCAUUUCUUAGCCGACACUGAUGGAGUACAGCAGUUAUAGGAAAUUUAUCGCCUAACACCUUUCGGUCCGGGGUCCGCCGGGAUGUGACAAUACGCCUCGGUCCCAAAACUAAUUGAAAAAACAAAAAAAAAUGCAUCAUAGUUUAGUGAAUAAUGAAUAAGACGGAACAAAGAGUUGCCACUGUGUGUGUUUGUGGAGGUGUGGUGUGUGGCGAGUGGCGUGGCGCACUGCUCCGGGGAGCCCAACAUGUGCGGAUCCAAUCAGCCUUUCCUCAACGGGGCGGAACACACCCUGUUUUUGAACGCCACACAGAGUCGAAGGAAUCCAAAUUCCUGUCACCAAACUUGGGUAACAUCCUUGGGUUUGGUUGGUUACGUUUCUUUUUGUGCAUAUAUAGUUUCAUUUUUCGGCCACUUUCCGUACCCAGGAGAGUAGUGAACGCUUAGAUUAGAACAAAACACACACACACACACGACCCCGUAGGAUAUUGAAAUUAUAUAUGGGGAGGCUGGACGGAAGUCCAAAAAGUAUAAAGAGAUAUAGAAAGAAGAGUCGAAUUGAUUUGAUAAAAAAAGAUGAGAGAAAAGAUAAUCAACAUAUUAAGUCAACAUAUUCAGAGAAGGUCUAAGUGCGAAGAAGUGCAGACCCGAGAAUCGUUCUUACCUACUUUAUGUCGUAUUGAUGUUUAUAUAUAGUUUUUAUGUACUAGAUUUUGUUUAUAACUAUUCGCGGGAUGAUGGAUAUACACACCAAUAUACUUGAUGUUUGAUAUAUUUUUUUUACUUUAGUUUUACAUCAACAUCUGCGUGAUGUGUAGAGAGCGACAGCGUGUUCUUGCAAAACAUGAGUUAAUCCUUGGGCAACGAAGUUCUCUCGGUUCGGUAUCAAUCGCCGCCCGUACCUUUUUUCAAUUGUAACUACGUUGGUUGGAAUUAUGGUGAUGAAAACGAAGAUGUCAAGUUGAAUUUCAUACUCGCAAAGUCAGGCAACACAAUAAAUAUCGGAACAUUAAAUCGGGUUUCAAAACGGUGUACCGCACUGUGGGGGGUUGCAAAAGGGAAACUGCAUUUUCGACACCAGACAGCCCUCCGGUGGAUUCUCGAUGUCCGCGGGGGCCGAAGCGACAAUUACAUACGUUAACAACUGGAAAUAACACCCUCAAAGUUUGGCUCAUUCGGUUGGUGGUUCGGUAUGCAAAUAAAUCCGAUCGAUCCGAACAGCGGAGGGAAACCAGAAAGAAGAGUAGGCUGUAGCGAUGGUGCGAAAGAGGGCGAUUUAAAAUAAUAAAACAACUGUGAACUCGCGUUAUAAUACCUAUUCGUGUAAUAUGGGAUUAGAUUGUAAAAUUUGUUGCUUACCAACGUACACUAGCACCAGCACUCGGUCUCUCUCUCUGCGUUCACGUCCGGAAAAGGGAAAGGUAAUGUGCAAACACCACAGACCGCGUCUCGCAAACGCAAUCAAACACCACCAGAGACCCAUUCUGCCAACCACCGCUCCCGACCUACUUGCCGUGCCCGUGGCCCGUAAAAACAAACGCCAACAAUGGACAUGGUACCGAUAUUAGAUAGAAGCAGCUCUUGUUCAUAAUGAGUAGAGAAAUAAUGCACCCAGAAUAGCAGAGAGGUCUGCUCUUAGGAGAUCAGAUACUUGCCCCGUCACAAGUGGUGGUGUGCGAUCGGAAGGGCAGUGUACAUAGGGCUGGGUGACGAUGUUUAUGAAUACGCUUCAAUUUAUUUCUUUAUAAGCAAAACAGCAACAAACAACCAGAAAAAAACACACCGUAAACAAACAAACACAAACCAAAAAACCAAAACGUAAACGAAAACUACCAUUUACAAUAGUCUGAGAUUAGCAAAACAAAGUGUGAAAAAAGGAUGAAGAUAUAAUAGAACACAAUGUGUAUAAAUUGUAGAAACAAAGUUUAAAAUAGAUCAAUGCAGAUGCAGAAUGGAUAAUGGGAAUGUAGAAGAAAACUGUGUAAGUUCAAUUGUAACGCAAAGCAUACACAAAUAAUAGCGAAUUAAGGGUGUAAUUAGGCCAAGCGCCACAAGCCUGGUGACACGAACAUGUUACACAACACACACAUACACACAGAGCAAACAGGCGCAAACAGGCGCGCGAUCAUACGUAGUGUUUAGCAAAUGAUAAACCAAAAUGACUGAUUUUUAUCGGAAGCAUAAUAGAACAAUUCCGUGAAGGUGGCACCAGCGGCAGCAGCAGCAACCAGCAAAAACCUACCAAAAAAUCCAAUCACCACAUAAACGCGGCAGCCGGGAAGGAAAUGGAACGAGUGGCCGCCACUCCUUUGCUAGCUAAUUGAAACGAACGUUCCGCGUGGAGCGGCCCCAGAGCGGUGCGAGACGCAGAGAGGUUAGACACUAUAAAAUGGUUAGAGUAAAUUUUCGUACGUUCUUUUCCGUGAACCCCACUACCUAAUGUGUAAGUAACAGUUCCCCAUACACUUCGUUCGUUCGUUCGUUCGUUCGGUUUUUCUGCCUCUUUGUAAUGAUAAAAUGAUGAUAGUGUUGUUGCUUGUAAUGAUUGUACCGUCAUAUAAAUUAACUCUUAAGAAGGACGCAAUGAACCAUGCGAGGAGAGGGAUGCCGAAAAGUGGAGUGAUGGUUGAUGAUUGUAACCGACACAAGUUUAAUUUUCUUUUAAAAUCCUGUAUUAGCCCAAUUUUGUGUGUGUAGUUUGGUAGCUUUAUUACAUUUUUUUUAUUUUAGUAGGAACGAUAAUAGAAUGAUAGCUAAAAUUAUAAUACCAAGCGCCGAGAUGAUGAGAUAAUAAAAUGUUCACUCACAACCAACCAAGUAACAAAACAAAGUGGAUAAGAA